AUGUCCAUCAAAGCAGAGAUCAGCUCGAUUCGCCAGCAGCUCGCAGAACUUCAAACACAGCUGAGUGUUCUCGAAUCAAGGUUCAAGUCAAGCAGUUCAAAGACAAGACGACCGACUAGACCAGAGACAGUCAUAACUGACGAGUGUCCCUCGACCGGUGGGAAAAACGUCUCACGUCUUUCAAAUUCUACAAGGGGACCGAGCUCAGCGUCUAGUCGUAGUUAUGGAACGCUUUGCAGUCGUUUGUUCAAAGUGAUGCAACAUCUCAUCAAUGUUGCAGAUAUCUCGCACCUCAAUGGCCAGCAGCAACCUUUGCACCUAAAGUCGGACCCAACUCACACAACUAGAAAGAAGCCAGUGACAUCGACUUCCAAGCGAUCAAAGUCGGAUUCAACGCGGCUUCCGAGUUCUGCUAGGCCACUUGAGUCGAGAUCUGUACCAUUGAAACAGACCAACCCGUUAGAUGUUCCUCGGAUCUUCCAUUCUAAACGUCCUGGAAAGCACAUUAAAAUCCUCAGCAACAAGAAGAAGAAGGUUACAGUCCUCAAUAACCCUAUUGGCGACGAAAGGAAGAUCACUGAUGCCUCCUCCAAGGCAAGAAAACUAGUACCGGAUUCAAAUCAACCAAAGCUGAGCUUGGAAGUACUUCAGGAAGCAGAUACUGAAGUAUUUGAGUCCAACAACCUGAAGAAAUUGUGCACUCGGUACUCUCUCUUGAAACAUGACCCGGAUGUAUUGGACCUGUUACCGACCUCAAGACAAGCCCAGAAGUUUAUUCCUACAUCAACAACGACCGAGAUCAAGCAACUAUUGCUGGAAUCUAAGAAAAUGAUUGGAAGACAAGAGGGUACCUCAACUGCUCGGUUGUAUGAGUACGGAAUACCUCAUGAUAAGACUUCCAUUGAUAAUAGAAGAUUCAAAUUUACUGGUUACACUUGGAAAGGCCAUUUAGGACAACCAACACCAAGAAUAAAAGAUCUACCAGACAAUAUUUCACAAGGUUCUCAAUGUCUUUGCUGGUACUGGUUCAAAGAUCUCUGGUUACUGUAUUAUUUUGAUGAUUAA